GUAUCGUCCAUUAACCAGAUUAUGUUUGCUAUCUAUACCAACAUUACCAACAACGCUACGCUGACUCCGCCUCCUGUUGUGAACCAGUACUCAGCGGUGGAGUACAAGGACACCAUUCACUACCGCACGAAUUGGGCUUAUGGCAUUGGUGCUAUCGCGAGCACUUUCUUCUGCGUUCUAUGCGUUCUGCCCGUAUAUUGGGGAUGGUGGCAGCUUGGCCGCAAGGUCACUCUAGGGCCUUUCGAGAUCGCCCAUGCUUUCCGCUCUCCGAUGACUGCGCAGGCCGCAAACGGUGGUAUCGAGGAAGUACUCAAGCAAGUCGGACAACGAGAAGUGCAGUACGGACAUAUUGUCGCCGGUGAUGCGAGAGGGGUCGUUGGCGUCGCGGAGCCUGAAUUUGUUGAGAGGUUACCUACCAAGCCAGUGAAGCAAUAGGCCAACCUCUGCAUUUUGCGUUCUGGAGAGUAGGUACUGUGGCUUUGGGAGCCAGCGGAGCCAGCCGCAUUGAUGCAGCGAAGGAAAUAGAAAUGCGCAGUUGCUGGCCGAAGGAGAAGCGCCUAGCCACGCUUUUCACCCAAUACUGCGAGAGGCCUUCGGAAGCCGUUGAACGUCGAAGUGCGGUUGCGGUUGAUUCUCGUUUGGUAGUAUGAAUAUCGGGCCUCGCCUUGCCUGCUGCCCGGCAACCCCACCUUGCUUGCGAGCUCGGCCUAACACAAUAGCCAGCGUCUCCACCAACUGCAUUGCGUGCUUUGAUUCUUCGAACAAAUCGCACAAGCAUCUCCAUCUUGCUGUACAGGACUGUCGAAACUUGAAACCAUCAGCCUCUCCACCCAGAAUGUCACCGACGAUAGCCGAACACCAUCACGAUCAUCCG